CCUACAUUACAAUAUAGCCACGUUCGCUGGUCACGAAAUAAUUUACACUGUUUAAUAUUUUGGAUAUGUGUUUGCCAGUACGCGUUGUGAAUACAAAUCCUUAAUGCGGAUACGUUUUUAACAUACGACAUGAGGACGGAGUGUUUUUAUUCUUUAAUAAUAAAAUAUUAAUAACGCUGGUAAAAUAGUGUAAGACGUAUCAGUAUAGUGACGUACCUAUAACGAUUCUCUCACACUGUAGUAUUGAUAUUGUGCCAAUCACAGUGUUUUUUGUUUGUUUUGCAUUUAAUAAGUUAACAACAGAGCAGUAUAGUUUUAUAUCACGUUAGUGCAAAUGCUCAUCUCAUCCGCGGACCGACGAAGCUAGUUAUCAGCUAUGGUCGAGAUCUCGUUAAAAAUAACACAUUAUAACGAUGAGUCACGCGUCUAAUCGAAUUCUAACAUCAAACGAAACCAUAUUGUACUCCAGCCAUGUACCUAUGUACAAUAUUGUGCUCAUCGAUUGCCGGAUUUUCAUCAAGUGAUUUGAUUAGUUCGAGUUCUCUACAUUCGUGUGCGGUUUUAAAAGCAAACUAAACAUAAUCGUGUUGUGACACAGUGAAAAAAAUAAUUGAUUUGAAACUGUUAUAACAUAAUCGUGUAAUUACAUUGUAAAUAAUAAUAACAAUGGUAAUGUUAUAAUUUAUUCACGUUACGAUUAAACCGCUCAGAGUCGAAUCAGCCGCCGGCGCCGUUAAUGCGGUCUAGUCGAUCGGCGGGAAUGAUCGAGUGCAGACCUCGCGCGUAUUCGACUGGUUUCCGAAAAUGUUGUCCUAUCUGAAGAGCAAACUGUCGGUGGAGCCGGUGGUGUUUAUGUACUUUCUGACCAUGGUGUUUUCCAACAGCCUCAGCACGAAUCUGUUGCUGUACAAAGCGUGCGACCCGUCGGGCGCGAUCAGCCAACGGGUGGGCGCCGGAUGCGACCACGAGACGGAUGCCCAGCACGUGGUGGCCCCCAUUAACGGCUGGAAGGGCCUGGUGCAGCAGGUCGUGCCCACCGUGCUGGCGUUGUUCGCGGGCACGUGGAGCGACCGGCACGGCCGCAGCCGGCGGCCGCUAAUGCUGUUGCCGAUCAUCGGGCAAAUCCUGUCCGACCUGCUGUCCGUUUACUGCACCGUCAACUGGUCCAUGUCGCCGUGGCUCACCGCCGUGUUCCAGGUGACCGCGGUGACGGUCACGGGCGGCCCGCCCAUGUUGUUCAACGGCGUGUACUCGUACAUAGCGGACACCACGACCGAAGAAUGGCGCACCGUCAAGUUCGGCAUGGUGACGUGCGUGAUGGCCGUGGGCGGCAUACUGGGCAUGCUGAUCUACGGGUACGUGGUCGUCAUGCUGGGCUUCGUGUCCGCGUACUUUGUGUCCAUCGCGUUGGGCAUUACGGCCUUGGCCAUGGCCUUUGUGUUCAUCAAAAACACUGGCAUACCCUACGACAAAGAACCUCUGUUCCAAGAUGUUAUUCACACCGUCAACCCCGUGUCCGUUCUACGCACCUGCUACCAAGUGAUGACCAAGCGACGGACGGGUCACACAUCAUUGGUGCUCUGGCUGGUAGUCGUCCUGUGUGCACCUUUUACCUGCGUACCUUUAGACGGAGAAAUUUCAGUCAUGUAUUUGUUUAUGCGAUACAAGUUUCACUGGAACGAAGUCGAUUUUAGUAUAUUUAACGCUUACCAGAUGGUAAUCAUAUUAGGAGGUACUAUUUUUUCUCUAAGCAUUCUUAGCCAUAAACUCGGAUGGAACGACGCGUUGAUUGGAUUAAUAGCUUCGGUAUUUGACUUGUUGGCAUCUCUUUCGUUUUUUUUAGCCUCAAAGUCAUGGCAUCUGUAUUUAGUGCCGCCGUUGGAACUGUUCCGAGGUGCGGGAAUGUCUAUAACAAGUUCAAUAGCUUCAAAGUGUGUCGGGCCUGAUGAAUUAGGUGCAAUGAACUCGGUCAGAAUAUUAAUAGAAAGUUCUAUGAAAGGUGUUUUUUUGCCAAUUUACAGUAUGUGUUAUAAUACAACUUUAGAGAUAAUGCCUAGUGCAUUUUUUGUAAUCAGCUCAUGUUUAACUGCUCCGCUGAUCAUCAUAUUCAGUGUAAUCUAUUUCUUAAACCGAAACUCAAACAAGUCGGUAAUAGAGCUGAACAUCAAUAGCAACACUAUAAGUAAACCUAAAAGUGAACAAAGUCCCAUCAACGAUGGCGAUAUAAUAAACUAUCAUAUUUAAAUUUAAAAGUAAAAUAAUAGCCAUCUAUUGUAUAAUAUUGUAAAAUCAUUAUAAAUAUUUAUUUAAACAUUUUGUUUUAUAUAGAACUAAGUAUCUAUGUAUGUCUAUAUGUCUUCUUAUGAAAUAAUAUACAUUUCAAAUAUGUGUAAAAUUACAUUUAAUUGUAUUAUAGUUUUUAAGAGAAUCAUACGGUGUACCACAUCGUAUUUACCAAAAUCCAAAAUUAAUUUACUUAUAUUAUUAAUGUAAAGCAAGUCCAUUUUGAAAUAAUUAACAUGUAUGUAGGUAAUAAUUAUUUUGUAAAUAUAUUUGUAGCAAUGUUGUAAAGCUCUCGAAACGUUCAUCCGUAAUUGUAUUGUAACCCAUUUGGCAUUCAAUCGGCACUCAAAGAACGGCUAAUCACGGUAUACGCGAUGGCCUAGGUGAUCGUUGACCAUCCCAACUGUACAAUAUUAUAUAUUACUGUUUUAUUUGUUCAUACUUUUAGACAAACUAUGAAUAUCCCCUUUAAAUAAAAAAAAAAAUCCCUCGUUUUCUCUACGAUCGCUUGUGUCCUGAGCGGUCCCACCAGAAAGAGCUCAAGAAACUUAUAGUUGAUAAUAAAACUACUUUUAAAAGAAGAUGUUAAUAUUAAAAAUAAUGAUUUAUAUACAUAAUCCUUCUCCUCUGCUGUUAUCAUUUCUAUUUCUCGUCCCGCUUGAAAUCCUAAUAAUUUUUUUUCAAAUAAUAAGUCAAAUCGACCGACCAGACUGUGGGUUUGAUGUUUUUAUAAUUACUUUUGUGCCGUCUUAGUCCUCUUAAUAAA